AGAAAAUCUAAAAAAUUCAUCAAAACAAAAUCAAUUUUUUUUGUUUUUAUCUUUUAUUGAAAAAAUAGAGCUUACGAAACAGCUUUCAGUUCCACACGUCUGCUAUUGAAUACUGGAGAUCGCCGGAGGAAUAAGGAUCUCCGAAAAGACAUCACUGGUUUGAUCGAAACGCAUUCUCUCGUCUCAAAUUUUCGUGGUGUUCUACUUUGAGUGAGAUGGUGUUGAUGACAAUUGGAGCUUAUAAUCAAAAGUUGUAAUUAAAACCUAACUAUGGGAAUCUUGUCACGCAGCCCAAGUAGUAGUAGGAGAUCAUCAGAUGAUAGCAUGAAGCUUCUUACAACAGCAUUGUUUGCUAUAGCUUUUGGCAUUCUUGUUGGACUAUCUUUUCCAUCUUUAUGGAUCACUGAGACGAGUCUCCCCAGAAACCUUCUUCGCUCCAUUGCUAUCUCACUUAGAGAUUCAGGAAUUGCAACUCCUCCCAAGGCCAUUGAUAUCUCAAAGAUAUGGGAACCUUCAAAUCCUCGAGGCGCUGAGAGAUUACCACCCGGUAUUAUUGCAUCCGAAUCGGACUUGUAUUUGCGCAGAUUAUGGGGGAACCCUGAUGAGGAUUUGAAGAAGCAACCGAGAUAUCUAGCAACAUUUACAGUGGGUUAUAAUCAGAGACACAAUAUAGAUGCUUGUGUUAACAAGUUUUCAGACAACUUUACAAUUGUUCUGUUUCAUUACGAUGGGAUAACAAGUGCGUGGAACGAUGAGUUUGAGUGGUCGAAGAAUGCAAUACACAUCAGUGUCAAAAGGCAGACAAAAUGGUGGUAUGCAAAGAGAUUCUUGCAUCCGGACAUUGUAGCACGAUACGAUUAUAUAUUCAUAUGGGAUGAAGAUCUUGGAGUCGAUCACUUUAACGCAGAAGAAUACAUACACAUGGUGAAGAAGCACGGCCUUGAGAUUUCGCAGCCUGGUUUGGACCCAGAGAGAGGGUUUAACUGGCAGAUCACCAAAAGAAGAGAACAUAGUGAAGUCCAUAAGGAAACAGAUGAAAAACUCGACUGGUGCUCUCAUCCUCCUCGGCCUCCAUGUGCUGCAUUCGUGGAGAUAAUGGCUCCUGUAUUCUCAAGAGAUGCGUGGCGCUGCGUCUGGCACAUGAUCCAGAAUGAUUUGGUUCACGGUUGGGGUCUUGACUUUGCACUCAGAAGAUGUGUUGAGGAGCCUGCAUUUGAGAAUAUAGGAAUAGUAGACUCACAGUGGAUCGUUCAUCAAUUUAUCCCUUCCCUUGGCAACCAGGGAAAAGAAGAUAAUGGGAAAGCACCAUGGCAAGGGGUGAGGGAUAGAUGUCAAAUGGAAUGGAAAAUGUUCGAGAACAGAGUAGAUGCCGCGGAAAAGGAUUAUUUCAAAUCAUUACAAGUCGAAAGCCCAUCCAAUUCAACAACCUCUCAAUAGGGACCUUACCAAUACUAGUUCUAGCCAGGAGACUUCAAGGUGCUAUAUAUACUAUAGUGUCUCAACAUUUGCAUAUAGAUCUCUAUAGGUUAUAAGAUUCCGUUCUCUUUGAUCCGCACAACAAGCAGAUUGAAUAAUAGAAACAGGAUUGUGAAUGAUUUUUAAUCACAAAAAGAUUGUGAGGAGCUGAAACAGAACAGGUGUGUGGACUUUGACAAA